UCUAUCCUAACUAUGCAUGUGGUUAAAUUUCAAUUCCUAAAAUUCCUAACUACACAUACACAUACAUAUUUCUUCAUCCUUCGCAAUUGCGAAAAUACUCCAAUAAGCAGUAUGCAUUUAAAGAAAUCAAAUACAUCAAAUUAUCAAGAUAAGGAAACAUUUCCUUAUCUCUACACAGCAAUAAUUGGUGAGCAAAUCUCUAAUAACAGUCCCAAUAAUAAUACAGAUGGUGACAAGUUGGAUAUUGAAGAAGGGAACAGCAAUUUCCUUGAAGACAGCGAUAAUCAUGCUCAUUAUCAACCUCUACUUUGGAAUAAUAAGAAUCGUGACGUACCGACUUCUAUUUAUGGUUUUAGUGCAAAUUGUUGGAGAAUAAUGUGCUUACUUUUUGGUGGAGGGUGCGGAUUUUUCGUUACGAUGUGGCUACUUUCGUCGUCUUCCACCCCCAUCACGGAAUGUUGCAAUUCUAACCUGUCCAAACUACAACUCUGGCCUUUCACUCCUGACAAUUCAACCUUGUCAAGACCCACAUUCCCCCAAAACUUUGACCCUGAUCAGCCCAGUAUGGCUGAGAAAAUACGGCAUAAAAUGAUGUCCGUGUCACUCAAGUACAUCGUAGAUUUUAUCCUGAACUCGGAAAACUUUCACUUUUCUUGUCCCCACUCCGAACUGGGAAGAAAUAGAAACACAAACACAACAUCCUUGCAUCCGGACCAACUGGAUUGUCAAAAAUAUUACGAGUGCGAUGAAAACGGCAGAUUCACGGUGAAAUUCUGCAAAGAAGGGCAAGGAUUUGACAAUUCUACGCAGAAAUGUAUUACCAGUGGGGACGUACAGAUUUGUAAUGAUGUCGGGAUUUUUCGUGGGUUUAACUGCACGUCAACCGGACUGCACCCAUUUCACGGAGACUGUAAUCGGUUCGUAAUUUGUACCCUGGAGAAAAUUGCGUUUGUUGCGAAUUGUAAUCCAGGCGACUUUUUCGAUCCGGACCUGCUAAUUUGUCUUUCAAGUACGGAAAGUGAAUGCUAAUGACCAUGCACGCGUAAAGAAAACAAGUUUCUGUCCACAAUAAAUUAAUUGUUCUGCAUACAUCGACUACAUCCCAAUUAAUUAGGCACGUGUUGUAUAAUUUUCCCAUGCGUGGCUCAGCACUAUAUUGUCAUUUGCAUACUCGGGCUGUUUAAAUAAAGAGAAGAAGAGGAGAAAA